AUGUCCGAGGUGCAGAACCGCUCUUUCGAAGGGAAGCAGGCGAUCCCGUGCGUGCUCGAUGCCCAUGACCGGCUCAAUGGGAGCGUCGGCGUCAACGUCCAAAUUUUGAUCUGGAUCUCCGUCGUGGAACUGUGCUGCGCGAAGAAAGUCUUCGAAUGGAAUUCCGUCGAGUGCGCUGGCGACUACAACUUCGGCAUCCAGUUCCUCCCCAAGGACGAGGAGGGCCAGAAGCGCUUGCGCCUCGCAGAGCUGAAGAACGGCCGCCUCGCCAUGAUCGGCUUCGGCGGUGCAGUCACGCAGGCGGUGCUCACCCACAACCCGUUCCCGUGGCUCUACUGA